AUGAAAUCCUUUAGCAACAAGGCGAGCUUUGUAGCAGCCAACAAUACCAUCAGCCUUACGUUUGAUGCAGAAAACCCACUUAGCCCCAACAAUAUUCAUAGCAGAAGUUUUUGGAACCAAAUUCCACAUUCCUGUUUUGAUGAGCGCAUUGAAUUCUUCAGCCAUGACAUUCCUCCACUUAACAUCUUUAGCAACUUGAGUAUAAGAGGGUGGCUUCAUCAGAAAUCAGAGAGAUGUGUACAAGGGGUUGGAGCAGUAGAUGAAGAGGACACUGAGGACGGAGAAGGGGAGGAUACAAGCAUAGACUCACUGGAUGGAGAAGCAGCGGAAUCUGAGGCAGUGUUGGACGCCAAAAUUGGAGAAUCUGAGACAGAUGUUGACAUUAAAGGAGUAGAUGGAGACAAAGGGGGAUAUAGAAUUGAAGGAGACAAAUUUGGAGAGACAUUAGCUGCAAUGGAAUGGGAACAAAGUGUAGUGGAUUUAUUGGAAGUAAUAGAAGUUGGUGAGAGCACCCUUAUUCGACGGAGAAGAAAUGCUAUUGAUCUUCUACAUUCCUCCAAUGAUGGAUGGAUUUUAGAUAGGAAUUCUAUUGGUGAUUGUUUUGUUUCAAAUUUCAAGCUUCUAUUUGCCUCCACAAAUCCUACUGCUAACAAUGAGUUAUUAGAUCUUUUUCACUGCUCUGUCUCUACUGAAGAAAAUAGUAUGUUAUGUGCUAUUCCAACUGAAACUGAAAUUCAUGCUGCUCUUGCCAGCUUGGGUGCCUCUAAGGCUCCUGGCCCUGAUGGUUUUACAGCUCUUUUUUACAUGAAAUAUUGGGGUAGUAUUAAAUUGACUGUUCUUCAAGCUGUCUGGAAUUUUUUCAGGAAUAAUCAUCUGCUUAAGGAACAGAAUCACACUUUCAUAGCAUUAAUUCCAAAGAAGUUGGGUGCCUCCUCGGUGCAUCACUUCCGCCCCAUCAGCCUUUGUAAUAUUAUUUACAAGAUCAUUUCAAAGCUGCUUGCAAAUAGUCUGAAGCCUCUCCUCAACAAUAUUAUCUCUCCAUUUCAGACAGCCUUUGUUCCUAAUCGCCAUAUUCAGGACAAUUCUAUACUGGCUCAUGAAAUGCUCCACACUCUCAAAUCCAAAAGGGGUAGAGGGGGCCUAAUGGCUAUUAACAUUGAUAUGGAAAAAGCUUUUGACAAGAUGGAAUGGUCUUUUCUGGUAGCUAUUCUUACAAAACUUGGAUUUCAUCCCACCUGGAUCAACUGGAUCAGGCUCUGCAUUUCGACCUCUUCCUUUUCGGUUCUUCUGAAUGGCAGCCCUUUUGGUUUGUUUUCCCCAUCUAGGGGUCUUCGUCAAGGUGAUCCCCUAUCCCCAUUUCUCUUUAUUAUUGGCACUGAAGUUCUCUCUCGACUGUUUCAUCAACGCCUUCGUGGUUUCAAAAUAGCUAGAUCUUGUUCUCCCUUAAACCAUCUUUUAUUUGCUGACGAUCUUGUUAUUUUCACCACUGCCACCUCUAGUGAAGCAAUUAUUAUUAAGGAGUGCCUCAACAAAUAUAGCUUUUGGUCGGGACAGACUGUCAAUGCUAGUAAAUCCAAUAUCCUUUUUAGCAAGAACACAGCUGCUUCCACUAUUUCGGCUAUCAGAAACUUUCUCCCUUACCAGACCACCCCAGCUACUGCUAAACACCUUGGGCUCCCUAUCCUGUAUGGAAAUUCAAAAAAAGCUGUUUUCUCAGAUAUCUUAGAUAAGGUAAUUGGUUGGAGAUCCAAAACUCUGUCACAAGCUGGUAAAACUACUUUGAUUAAAACCGUGGUCUCUGCUAUUCCUUCCUAUGCCAUGAGUUCUUUUCUGUUCCCGGAUGGUUUCUGUAAACAAUUGGACAGGGCUUUUAAAAAUUUCUGGUGGCGUUUCCCAAAGGACAAAGCCCGCAAUCUCUCACUUAAAUCUUGGGCUUCUUUAUGUUUGCCAAAAGAUCAAGGUGGCCUUGGAUUCAGACUUAUGAAAGAUGUGAAUUUAUCUCUGAUUUCGAAACUGGGUUGGAAAAUGCUCUCAAACCACAACAGCUUAUGGGUUUCUCUUUUUCAGAAUAAGUACAUCAGGUAUGGUAAUUUCUUAUCCUCUCCUUUUACAUCUGGUUCCUGGAUUUGGAAUGGCAUCAAGGCUACUCUCCCUAUCAUUUCUGCGGGAGCUUGUUUUAUUCCUCAUAAUCACUCAUGUCUCCCUAUAUGGUCUACACCAUGGAUUCCAACAUUAUCUUCUUUUACACCUAUCCCAAGAUUGGCUUCUAUCCCCUCUAAUCACCCUUUAGCCAUUUCUGAUCUUAUUCAUUCUCCUACCAUGUCCUGGAAGCUAAAUCUCUUGCAUUUCUUGUUCGACCCCACUACCACCUCUGAAAUUUUAAAAAUUCAGAUUCGUACCCACUCUGACUCCCUUCUCUGGACCCCUUCAACCACUGGUGUUUUCUCAACCAAAUCUACACAUCACCUCAUUAGCUCUUUCUCCCCUUCCACUCCCUCACCUCUCCCCAAAUCUUGUUGGACAGCUCUCUGGAAGUUAAAGCUGAAUCAUCGUUUAAAACUAUUUCUUUGGAAGAUGGUUUGGAAUAUUAUUCCCACAAAAUUUCGUAUUUCUCAAUCCAUCCCUGCUUCCCUAUCAGACACUAGUUGCUCCCUUUGCUCUUAUCCAACAGACUCCAUUUUUCAUCUCUUUUUCACUUGUCCCAUUGCUCGUGUGGUUUGGCGUCAAUCUUUUUGGCCUUUGGAUACAAUUGCUUUAAAUGUUACUAACAUGACAGAUUGGCUCAUUAUUAUUCUUCACCCACACCGUAUGCUUGGAGUCCCUCCAGCAGAGACUCAUAGGUUUCAAAUAUUUGCUGCUGUUGCUUGUGACUACCUUUGGUUUACCAGGAAUAAAGCUUGUCAUGAUGGCAUUAUCCCAAAUGCUCUUCUUAUAUCAACUACUAUCAACAAGACAGCUCAGGAACACUUUUCAGCGUGGAAAACCAAAUAUGAUAAAACUCCUGAAGUCUGGAAGAGUCCCUCUCCUCCAUUUUUCAAGAUCAACUAUGAUACUGCUAUCAGGCCUACUUUUUCUGCUCAAGCUGCAGUCUAUAGAGAUUCCACUGGUUCUAUACUCAAGUGUUCCUCCAUCAUUAGCCCUCCUUGUUCUGCUCUUUAUGGUGAGGCUAUUGCUGCUCUUCUGGCUGCUCAUUUGGCAGUUUCGUUAGGGUUACCCUCUUUUAUCUUAAAGGGUGAUUCUCUCAACGUUACAAUGGCGCUUCAACAACCAGCAAUUACUAUUGAUUGGCGCAUUGCUUCCACCAUUUCCAUCAUUCACUCCAUCAUCCCACCAACAGCUAGCUGGAAAGCUAGUCAUGUAAACCGAAGUGUAAACUUCUGUGCCCAUCAUGUGGCAAAUUGGGCCGCAACCAGAAUUCAUUCUGGCUGCAUUCCUAUUCUUUCCCCUCUAUCCUCAUCUUUUCCUCCAUGUUUUGGAAAAGACUCCCCCUCCACUUUCUUUAUUCCUUAA